CCUGGGACAGAAGGUGGCUGUGGUGGACAGAAGGUGGUAACGAGGUCGUAUCAGGAGCCACAAGAAGCCACCCAGCUGCUCGGUGCCUCUGACCAAAGCCUUCCUCUGAAGAAGCCCUGCUUGAGCCGAAUACAGAGGGAGCCAAGAGGGACGUGAUGCUGCCUGUGACCCAUGUGCUGGCCUUUGGUGCUUGGCUGGUGGCACAGAGCGAGGCUACACUGAGUGCCCCCACAAUCUCCAUCUUCCUGAAGCCACCUGGGGUGAUCCCACUAGGAGGCUCCACCACCAUCUGCUGCAUUUGCCAGCACAGCUCUGGGAGCUUUGUGCUGUACAAGGGCAGCCACCGGCUCCAUACCCAGAGUGGCAGCAGGGCCGAGUUCUCCAUCUCUAACGCCACCUCCCAGGACAGCGGUACCUACAACUGCCAUUACCUGCAGGGAGGCACCGUGCUGGCUCGAAGUGAGGAACUGGAGGUCUUUGUGGAAGAGCUCCGUCUGCCCAGACCCCACCUCUCUGUCCUGCCUGGCCACGAGGUGACUGCAGGAGCUGAUGUGAUGUUCCGCUGCAGCUCCACACACCCCAGCACCGGCUGUUACCUGUACCUGGAGGGGCAGAUCCGAGCCCAGCUACUGCCAAGGGAACGAGGUGACUACAACCUCUCCCACGUGCAGAACGGUGACAGCGGCCGCUACAGCUGCCAGUGCUACACCAUCAAUGCUUCCAGAGAAUGGUCUGCUGUCAGCAACACCCUGGACUUGGUGGUGAGAGAUUACACUCUGUGCAACACCGUGCGCCUGGCGCUGGCGGCCGCGCUGCUGCUGCUGCUGCUGCUGCUGGGGCCGCUCACGGCCAGGGCAGCACGGAGCCGCUGCUGGAGGAGCCACUGCUGAAAGAACCACAGCUGGAGGAGCCACAGCUGGAGGAGCCACAGCUGGAGGAGCCACAGCUGAAAGAACCACAGCUGGAGGAGCCACAGCUGGAGGAGCCACUGCUGGAGGAACCACAGCUGGAGGAACCACAGCUGGAGGAACCACAGCUGAAAGAACCACAGCUGAAAGAACCACAGCUGGAGGAGGAAUCACAGCUGGAGGAGCCACAGCUGGAGGAGCCGCCCGCUCCCCGCAGGCAGCGCUGCCCCGCCGGGCACUGCCCCGGGCAGGCCCUGCCAGCAGCUCCAGCUGAGAUAAAUAAACCGGCCCUGGCGCCAUCCCUGUCCCA